AUGCGUCGCAUUUCCCGUACCGUAUCUGGCCGCUCAGGCUUCUCAGACUACGAAGAGCCCAAGGACGACGAACACAUCAGCAAAGCUGAGGACUGGUCAUUGAUGCCCGAAGUCAAGAGAUACGCCGAAAACGAUCCUGCCACCGGACGUAAGCUUGGUGUCACCUGGACCGAUCUCACUGUCAAGGGUGUUGGUGCCGAUGCAGCCUACAAUGAGAACUUCCUCAGUCAAUUCAACGUUCCUCAGCACAUCAAGGAGGGUCGCAAUCCUGCACCUCUCAAGACCAUCAUCGAUAACAGCUCUGGAUCCGUGCGCCCAGGAGAGAUGCUUCUUGUGCUUGGUCGACCUGGAGCAGGUUGCACGACGCUCCUGAAAAUGCUCUCAAAUAGAAGGGCAGGCUAUGCAGAGAUUGAAGGCGACAUCAGAUUCGGUACUAUGGACCACAAGGAGGCCCAGCAAUACAGAGGUCAAAUUGCCAUGAACACCGAAGACGAGCUGUUUUUUCCCACCCUCACCGUCGGACGUACGAUGGAUUUCGCCACGCGUUUAAAGGUUCCCAACAAUCUGCCUGAAGGUAAUGAGACGAGAGAGCAAUUCCGCACUGGAUACAAAGAUUUCCUUCUCAGAUCAAUGGGCAUCGGCCACACCGCCGACACCAAAGUGGGAAAUGAAUACGUGCGUGGUGUCAGUGGUGGUGAACGUAAAAGAGUUUCUAUUAUCGAGACUCUUGCGACAAUGGCCAGUGUCUAUGCAUGGGACAACAGCACAAGAGGUCUCGAUGCGUCCACUGCCUUGGAAUACACCCGUGCCCUGCGUGCUCUCACGGACAAGAACGGUUUGGCUACCAUUGUCACCCUCUACCAGGCUGGAAACGGUAUCUACGACCUUUUCGACAAGGUCUUAGUCCUUGACGAGGGCAAGCAGAUUUACUAUGGUCCUCGCGCUCAGGCUCGUCCUUUCAUGGAGAAGCUCGGCUUCAUUUGCGAUGAUGCUGCCAACGUUGCAGAUUUCUUGACUGGUGUAACAGUUCCUACUGAGCGCAAAAUUAGGGACGGCUUCCAAGCACAAUUCCCCCGUAACGCAGUCUCUAUCCGCGAGCGAUACGAACAGUCAUCUAUCAAAGCCAAGAUGGACAAGCAGCUCAAUUUCCCCGAGACUUCGCGUGCGAAAGAAUGGACUGCCGACUUUCAGAAAGCGACUCAUGAGGACAAGGCUAGGGGCAUUCCCAGCCACAGUCCCAAUACUGUCGGCUUCCAAUCACAAGUCAAGGCUUGUAUCAUCAGGCAGUACGAGAUCCUGUGGGGUGACAAAGCGACUUUCUUUAUCAAGCAAGGUUCUACCCUAGUUCAAGCUCUCAUCUCUGGUUCACUCUUUUACAACGCCCCCAACAACUCGUCUGGACUCUUCAUUAAGGGUGGUGCCCUGUUCUUAUCUCUUCUGUUCAACGCGCUUUUGGCUAUGUCUGAGGUUACCGAUUCUUUCUCUGGUCGUCCCAUCUUGGCCAAGCACAAGGCCUUCGCCUUCUACAACCCCGCCGCCUUCUGUCUUGCUCAAAUUGCGUGCGAUCUGCCAGUACUUGUCUUCCAGAUCAGUGUCUUCUCCGUCGUCCUAUACUUCAUGGUUGGACUGAAGUUGACCGCUGCUGCCUUCUUCACCUACUGGUUCGUGAUCUAUCUAUCGACUUUGGUUAUGACCGCACUUUUCAGAGCCGUUGGUGCUGCGUUCCCCACUUUCGAUGCUGCCUCAAAGGUUUCAGGUUUCACGAUUAGUGCUCUCAUCACAUACAUUGGUUACCAGAUCCCUAAGCCUGAGAUGCACCCUUGGUUCGUGUGGAUCUACUGGAUCAACCCGAUGUCCUACGGAUUCGAGUCUCUGCUUGGCAACGAGUUCAAGGGUCGUGUGAUUCCUUGUGUCAACAACAACCUGGUUCCCAACGGUCCUGGCUACGCUGAUGCUGCUUUCCAAGCCUGUGCUGGUGUCCGUGGUGCCCUCCCUGGUGCCACCGAGGUCACCGGCGAGCAGUAUCUGGACAGCUUGUCUUACAGUUCAUCGCACAUCUGGCGCAAUGUGGGCAUCCUUUUCGCCUGGUGGUUCCUGUUUGUCGGUAUGACCAUCUUUUUCACUCUUCGUUGGGGCGAGAAUGGCAACUCAAACGGCUACCUUUUGAUCCCUCGCGAAAAGGCCCACCUGGCCAAGGACCUCAUGAGCAAAAAGACCCCCAACGACGAGGAAAACCCUGCCGAAAAGUCUCAAGCUUCUAUCUCUAGCGCUGACACUCAGGUGCCUUCUGGUAACAAUGAAAAGUCCAAGACUGAGUCCGAAAACAACGACCAACUUGUUCGGAAUACCAGCAUUUUCACGUGGAGAAAUCUCACCUAUACCGUCAAAACCCCCUCCGGCGACAGAGUCCUUCUCGACAACAUCCACGGGUAUGUUCGACCCGGAAUGUUGGGUGCUCUCAUGGGUAGUUCGGGUGCUGGAAAGACCACUCUUCUCGAUGUCCUUGCUCAGCGUAAGACUGACGGCACAAUCAAGGGUGAGGUCCUCGUAGAUGGCCGUCCUCUCUCGCUAUCCUUCCAACGUUCUGCUGGUUACUGCGAGCAACUUGAUGUUCACGAACCUUUGACUACCGUCAGAGAGGCACUUGAGUUCUCGGCUCUUCUCCGUCAAAGUCGUGACACACCUGAUUCUGAGAAGCUUGCUUAUGUCGAUACCAUCAUUGACUUGUUGGAGCUUCACGAUCUCGAGCACACUCUGAUUGGCAAGCCUGGUGCUGGUCUGUCCAUUGAACAAAGAAAGCGUGUGACAAUCGGUGUUGAGCUCGUCUCCAAACCAUCCAUUCUCAUUUUCCUUGACGAGCCUACAUCUGGUCUUGAUGGUCAAGCUGCUUUCAACACUGUUCGUUUCCUUCGCAAGCUUGCCGAUGUCGGUCAGGCUGUGCUCGUUACCAUCCACCAACCUUCCGCUCAACUUUUCGCCGAGUUUGACACUCUACUUCUUCUCACUCGUGGUGGCAAGACGGUCUAUUUCGGUGAGAUCGGCGACGAGGCAAACACGAUCAAAGAAUACUUCGGACGCUACGACGCGCCUUGCCCGUCUAGCAGCAACCCUGCUGAACACAUGAUUGAUGUUUGCUCCGGCUCCCUUUCGCAGGGCAAGGAUUGGCACCAGGUCUGGUUGGACUCUCCUGAGAACCAGAAGAUGCACGAAGAGCUCGACACUAUGAUCCAAGACGCUGCCGGCAAACCUCCCGGUACCAAGGACGAUGGCCACGAAUUUGCUACCUCCCUCUGGACCCAGACUAAGCUGGUCACUCAGCGUAUGAACGUCUCUAUCUACCGCAACACCGACUACAUCAUGAACAAGAUCAUGCUCCAUAUUGGUACUGCUCUUUUCAUGGGUUUCACUUUCUGGAUGAUUGGCAACGGUGUCGCUGAUCUCCAGCUCAAUCUUUUCGCCCUUUUCAACUACAUCUUCGUUGCUCCAGGUGUCAUCGCUCAGCUCCAGCCUUUGUUCAUCGAACGUCGUGACGUUUACGAGACUCGUGAGAAGAAGAGUAAGAUGUACGACUGGAAAGCAUUCACCACAGGCCUGAUUGUGUCUGAAAUUCCUUACCUGAUUCUCUGCGCAACACUCUACUUUGUCUGCUUCUACUUCACUGUCGGAUUCCCUGCAAAGGCCUCAUCUGCCGGCUCGGUCUACUUUGUCAUGCUGGUCUACCAAUUCAUCUACACUGGUAUUGGUCAGUUCGUUGCCGCCUAUGCACCCAACGCAGUUUUUGCUUCGCUUGUCAACCCUCUCAUCAUCGGUACCUUGGUUUCCUUCUGUGGUGUUCUGGUCCCCUAUGCCCAAAUUCAGCCUUUCUGGCGUUACUGGCUGUAUUACCUCAACCCCUUCAACUACCUCAUGGGUUCUCUCCUUGUCUUCACCUCUUUCGACCAAGAAGUUCGCUGCAAGCAAUCUGAGUUUGCGAUCUUCGACCCUCCUUCAGGCCAGACUUGUGCUUCUUACCUCGCCAACUACUUGCAAGGCAUGGGCCAUGCUUCCAACCUCAUCAACCCUGAUGCUACUUCCGACUGCCACGUCUGCCAGUACACUCGUGGCAGCGAUUACCUUGCUACCCUUAACCUAAACGAAUACUACUAUGGUUGGAGAGACGCUGCCAUCUGUGUUAUUUUCGCUCUUUCUGGUUAUGCUCUUGUGUUCGGACUGAUGAAGUUGAGAACCAAGGCCUCCAAGAAGGCCGAGUAA